AACUCCAGAGUUAGGUUUAUCAGCUUCUGAUGUUCUUAUUACGGUUCUUUUAGUGAUUUUAAUUCAAAUGGCUUUUAUGUUGAUUUCUUUCUCGAUUGCGACUCGCUUUAAUAAAUAUUUUACUCCGAGUGAUGUUGUGGCGGUUACGUUUUGUUCCACGCAUAAAUCGCUAACUUUAGGCAUUCCAAUCCUUCGGGUUAUGUUCCAUGGUUAUUCGCAUUUAAGUUUGAUAAGUUUACCGCUUUUGGUUUAUCAUCCGACUCAGAUUAUUCUCGGAGGGCUUGCGGUUACCCAAAUGAAAGAUUGGGUUCAAAAGCAUUUACACAGAAAACUUCCGAUUUAGUGAGAAAUUGAUUUAAAUAAAAAAAUACAUUUAUUUGUCACCGUAUUUUUCGCGAUUAAAUUAUUAUAAAAAGUUAAUAAUAAAAAUAGUAAAAAUAACACGAGAUUUAGCUUCUGUAGCAAAUUACAUGUAUGUAAUAUACAAACAAAAACAUUUUUUAUAAACUAUUCAUUUUAAAAAAAUAAUAAUAAACGAUUAAUGAGA